UUCCCAUCAUUCCAUGUACGCCGCUGCUGCACGUGUGAUCGAGAGAAAAUUCGCUGCUUUUUUGUGUGUUUGUGUGUGAGGCGGUGAGCUGAAGCUCGUCGCGCGCUUUAAAUACGCGCGCCACGCCACGUGGGGUGGUUAGGCAUCGUCACGGCGCGCGACGCGAUCGGAGAGAGAGAGAGAGAGAGAGAGAGAGCUCGUGUCGUGUGGUGAGGUGAGGGGAUGGGUGGCGAGGCGGAGCGGUGCGCGCUCUGUGGCGCGGCGGCGGCGGUGCACUGCGAGGCGGACGCGGCGUUCCUGUGCGCGGCGUGCGACGCCAAGGUGCACGGGGCGAACUUCCUCGCGUCGCGGCACCACCGGAGGCGGGUGGCGGCCGGGGCGGUGGUGGUGGUGGAGGUGGAGGAGGAGGAGGGGUAUGAGUCCGGGGCGUCGGCGGCGUCGAGCACGUCGUGCGUGUCGACGGCCGACUCCGACGUGGCGGCGUCGGCGGCGGCGAGGCGGGGGAGGAGGAGGAGGCCGAGGGCAGCGGCGCGGCCCCGCGCGGAGGUGGUUCUCGAGGGGUGGGGCAAGCGGAUGGGCCUCGCGGCGGGGGCGGCGCGGCGGCGCGCCGCGGCGGCCGGGCGCGCGCUCCGGGCGUGCGGCGGGGACGUCGCCGCCGCGCGCGUCCCGCUCCGCGUCGCCAUGGCGGCCGCGCUGUGGUGGGAGGUGGCGGCCCACCGCGUCUCCGGCGUCUCCGGCGCCGGCCAUGCCGACGCGCUGCGGCGGCUGGAGGCGUGCGCGCACGUGCCGGCGAGGCUGCUCACGGCGGUGGCGUCGUCGAUGGCCCGCGCGCGCGCAAGGCGGCGCGCCGCCGCGGACAACGAGGAGGGCUGGGACGAGUGCUCGUGUUCUGAAGCGCCCAACGCCUUGGGUGGCCCACAUGUCAGUGACACAGCUCGUCAGAAAUGAUACUUAUGCAGAGGCUUUGUUUGAUCUCUUUUUCUUUUCCCAUUACAAAGAGUGUUAAGUAGAACUAAAUCUCGUGACUAGCCUCUCAAGAAUAUUGGUGUAGUAGAUUUUCUUUCCUUUUCUGUUUGAAAAAAAAGAGGUGGCUACCAAUGCUGUAACUUCACAUAUGUGAUUAGAUGAUAGUGCUAUAGGGAACCAUACAUUGGUCUAAUUAAUUAUUGGUGAUUUGAUUAGACUUGUGAACAAAUUUGUGGCUCA